AUGAAUUAUUUUAAGGUAGUUUGACUGCUUGCUCCACACUCCGGGACAGGAGGUGGCGAUAAGCUUUUCUCCUAUCAGCGAAUGGAAACAAGAUGAAGUCGGAGUCGGCUGGGAGCGUCCACACCGCAACUCCCCAGUCUGGCUCUGUCGGCUGACCGGACCGGUCCGCUACACCGAGUGGGACCGAGGAAUAACAGGAGCACGUACCUUCUCUGGCAGAAUGAAACCACGCCAUUGGGAUUAUUUCACUCCUAGUGUCUGUUAAAUUGUGCUAAGAAACGCUAGCAGGAGGCUAACGGCUAAAGCAGCUGUCACCCCGGAAGGCCGCCUCCGCCGCCGGGUGGCGAUUUAACUUUCUCUGCCUGGAAGGAACCAACACGUUUGUUUAUAUAACACUUUCCCACUCUCCAACGGUAAGAAUGGAUUCAUCCUUCGGGAGAGGCGGCGAGGAGUGCUUGGCAACUGUGAGGUGUGAGGAGCUGAGGUCAGGACAGAAGGAGCCCAGGCUGCUGUCUCUAAUAGAGCGCAGUGGACAGUUUAUAUUGGGCGUUUUGGCAAAUCCUGAUGCUGUAGUGUCACAACCAGUCCCUCAGCUUUCUAUACCCAUCAAUAGAAAUUUUGAAAUCAUUAAAGAGGCCGAAGAAGCUCUCCUCAUUGACUUCUCUGUCGAUUCCAGCAUCAGGAUACGAAUAAGAGGAGAAAAAGCUCCAGAGCUGUUGCUAGAACUACCGGAUGAUGAUCGUACUCAGCUGUUCCUUGCACAGGUGAAGAGUGCUCAGCAGCAAGUUGAAUCCAAACUCAAAAGUACCAAAGUGAUGGAGCCUCUUGCACAGAUGUCCCAAAGAGGUGCAGUUCCCAUCCCACCUCAAAGAGGAAACAAGCUCCCUAAUGCUGUCACUCCAGGACCCCCAAAGUCUGCCAGCACACUGCCUCCUACUGUAAACAACAGCUCUGCCGCAUAUCAGGCUAACUCGGCUCUGACCUUGACUGCUGGUUUUGAGGACACUUUCAAUCAUGCUCUAAAAGUGGAGGAAAAGAAGAACCACCAAAAUCGGAUUGUAGCCUCCCGGGAACCUCCUCCGGUUCCGCCUCUACCUCCUCGUAAAACUUCUUACACCCCAACCAGUCCACUGCCUCCUGCUCCAGUCCUGAAAGAUAGAGCAGUGUCCUUACAGUCCAAAGAAAAUAUGGUCAAUAGCAGCCCGAGACCAGAUAGCUUUAGAGCUGGUUUUGACCGAGUGGAUAGGAAGCAGUCCUGGUGCGAGAGUCCCACCAGCAACACCAUGAGACAGGCCAUGUUCUCCAGCCAGGCAGAAAUGAGAGAACACUUCAUCAAACACCGGCUGGGAAAGAAGGAGAACGAAUAUGUGGAUAUCCAGCCUUUUAGGUUUUUUACUGGCACUUGGAAUGUAAAUGGGCAGUCUCCUGACAGCAGCUUGAAUUCGUGGCUCUGCUGUGACCAGGAGCCUCCUGAUCUCUAUGCUCUGGGUUUUCAAGAAUUAGACUUGAGCACUGAAGCGUUCUUCUACAUGGACUCAUCCAAGGAGCAGCUGUGGGCAGAUGCUGUGGAGAGGAGCUUGCACCCAAAAGCAAAGUACAAGAGGAUCCGUAUCAUCCGACUGGUUGGAAUGAUGCUCAUAGUCUUUGUGAAAAAGAUUCACAAACCACAUAUAAAAGAAGUGGCUGCUGAGCAUGUUGGCACUGGAAUCAUGGGAAAAAUGGGGAACAAGGGAGGUGUGGCGAUCAGGUUUGUUUUCCACAACACCAGUUUCUGCAUCGUCAACUCCCACCUUGCUGCACACGUGGAGGACUUCGAGCGGCGCAACCAGGACUAUAAGGACAUUUGCGCUCGAAUGACUUUCCACUUACUGGACCAUCCCCCGCUCAGUAUUGUCAAGCACGAUGUGGUGAUCUGGCUUGGAGAUCUGAAUUACCGACUGUUCCUCUACGAUGCUGCGGUGGUCAAAGAUCACAUUUCUCAAAAUGAGCUGAAGAAACUUCAGGAGUAUGACCAGCUUAACAUUCAGAGGCAGACCAAAAGAGCCUUUGCUGACUUUAAUGAAGGGGACAUUAACUUCAUUCCAACGUACAAGUAUGACCCCAAAACAGAUCGGUGGGAUUCAAGUGGGAAGUGCAGAGUGCCUGCAUGGUGUGACAGAAUCCUCUGGAGAGGCAACGAUGUCAAGCAACUCAAGUACCGUAGUCACAUGGAGCUGCAAACAAGUGACCACAAACCUGUCAGUUCCCUUUUUAGUAUUGGGGUCAAAGUGGUCAAUGAGCCACGUCACAAGAAAGUGUUUGAGGAGAUUGUUCGAGCCAUGGACAGGAUGGAGAAUGACUUCCUUCCAUCGGUGUCUCUGAGCAAAAGAGAGUUUACUUUUGAGAAUGUCAAAUUUCGACAGCUGCAGAGGGAGCGUUUCAUUAUUAAAAAUGAUGGCCAGGUUCCAUGUCAUUUUGCUUUCAUCCCCAAACUCAACGACAUGCAGUAUUGUAAGACGUGGCUCCGUGCAGAGCCCUGCGAUGGAUUCUUGGAGCCUAAUGAAAACCUGGAGAUAUACCUGGAGGUUUACGUCAGCAAAGACUCUGUGACUCUGCUGAACUCUGGCGAGGACUCCAUCGAAGACAUUCUUGUGCUCCACCUUGACCGUGGAAAGGACUACUUCAUCACCAUCUCUGGCAACUACCUACCCAGCUGCUUUGGCACCUCACUGGAGACCCUCUGUCGCAUGAAGAAACCCAUCAGAGAGAUCCCCAUCACCAAGCUCAUUGACUUGGGAGAGGACAGCUUCGCUGAGAAGGAAAAGUCCAAGGUUAAUUUACUGAUGGACGGUGCAAAUACUGAAGACAUUCCUCUCAAGAUUCCUAAGGAAGUUUGGAUUCUUGUCAACCACCUCUUCACCAAGUCUUGUGAUCAGGAGGAUUUGUUUCAGACUCCAGGGUUGCAGGAGGAACUGCAGAGCAUCAUUGACUGUUUGGACACCAGCAUCCCUGACUCCAUUCCCGGUUGCAACCAUUCAGUGGCAGAGGCUCUGCUUAUCUUUUUGGAGGCCUUGCCUGAGCCAGUCAUCUGCUAUGAACUCUACCAACGGUGCCUGGAUUGUUCCCACGAUAGUCGUCUCUGCAAGCAGUUGGUCUCCCAGCUGCCCCGAGCUCACCGCAAUGUGUUUAGGUACCUGAUGGCAUUCCUGAAGGAGCUGCUGAAGCACUCGUACAACAACAACUUAACAGCUAACCUCAUAGCCACACUCUUUGCCAGUCUCCUCAUUCGACCUCCACCCAACUUGGUCAGCAGGCAGUCAUCGCAUGAACGUCAGAAAGCCAUCGACUUCAUCCUGGGUUUCCUCAUGGCUGGAGACGAGGAGUAAUGCAAUAACUGUGACAUCAUCACUUGUGUGUGGAGGAUCGUCUCACUUUGAUAUUGAAUACCAAGUGUUGUCAGUUCAGUCACUUCCCUCAGCAAGACUUGGAUUGAACUGAUGCCUUUGCACUUUCUGCUGACCUACAGGACCCGUGCCUCGCAAUUACCUUAUCAGUUGAAUAUUUUGUUGUUGCUCAUGCCAAAACUCUGAACACUAUAUAAACAGUGAUGUUCCUCCAGGGACUGAAUCGUGAGAAAAUCUGGGGACAUAUGACGAUAUGCUUCUAAUGUUGACUAGUAAGGAUUAAUCAGCAAGUUUAUUUAAAUCACACUCGCUCUCUAUUUUCUGGUUUUUCUUUUACCCUCGUGCUAAGAACACAAUAGAAGUAUAUGACUUGUAUUUAAGUGUUAUUUAAGGUUUUGCUACAUAACUUUAUCCAAACACAGUUAUCAAGUUGUGAGAACAUGUACUCAUUUUUAUUCAUCUGUGAGCCUUACACCCGUGUUCGCCAGUAACUGUCACUGACAGCCUCCUGGCUACACUGUUUGUCUUAAAUACUGUAAAUAAUGACCUGUCCAGCUCUAAUAUGGAGUCCUCAUUGUCGUCAUGAAGGUGGUACUAUUCUUCUUUGUCGGUUUACACGUUCCUGUUAUCAAGUUUGAAAAACACUACAUCAUCUGCUUUUCAGUUUGGCUGUUUUCCAACUGUGUGAUUUAAAAACCUUGUACCUGGUUACUGGUAGAAAAACAAAUCAAAGCUCUGCUGCUGUUUUAUCCUCUUCAAUGUAUCAACUGCACCCUGUGGACAAUCAUAGUUCCAUGCUGAAGUGACUCGGUUUGCCUUCUAUCAGUUUUCUCUUUCGGAAGUGGAUUUGGAAGAGCACUGUAGUUGGUUGUGCUUCACAGAUUCUCAUCAUCCUCUGCGUUUGUCUGAAUCUCUUGUCAUCUUGGUCGUCUGCUCUCGGGGUACGAAGAAGCUCCGUUUUCACCUUAUCAGACAUUAUUUUGGUACUUUGUAAUU